UAAUUGUACUAAGAGCGAUCAACUUGUGUGUGCCCUUCCCUCCUCAGUAACCUCACACAUUUUCACCUGCCACUAUGAAGACUGUGGCCUCUCUUCUCUGCUUUCAAGUUCUGUCACAGAUAGUUCCUACCCUGGGUAUGAUGUGGUCCUAAAGCUGAUGGGCCUAUGUACACUGGAAGAGGCGGGGCUCAUGGGUCAUGCAGCAUCAGAGGGAGGGAUUGCUUAUGUAACUGGGACAGCAGAUUUAGCAGAAGGAAAGGAGGACUGGGGAUGGGAGCAGUGAGCUGUCGUCAGGGGCAACACAACCGGGUGUCUGCUCCUCAAAAGCAGGGUGGCAACAGCCAGGGACCCUGGGCGCAAGGCUGGAAGAGCCUCUGGUGUGGUAUGGGGACCAUCAGGUCAGGUCUGGAAGAACUAUGGAAACUACAGAGGCAUCAGUGCCUACGUCAGGAACCACUCCAGCCAGACCCUCUGCUGCUGGAGAAGCCUCUGUCUGAGUGGCCAGUGCCUCAGUUCAUCAGCCUCUUUCUGCCAGAGUUUCCCAUGAGGCCUGUUAGGGGGCAGCAGGAGCUGAAGAUUUUAGGUCUUGUGGCUAAAGGUUCUUUUGGAACUGUCCUGAAAGUGCUAGAUUGUACCCAAAAGGCUGUAUUUGCAGUGAAGGUGGUGCCCAAAGUAAAAGUCCUACAGCAGGAUACUCUGAGGCAGUGCAAAGAGGAGGUUAACAUUCAGCGGCAGAUCAACCAUCCUUUUGUACACAGCUUGGGGGACAGCUGGCAGGGGAAACGACACCUCUUCAUUAUGUGUAGCUACUGCAGCAUGGAUCUCUACUCCCUGUGGUCUGCUGUUGGCUGUUUUCCAGAGGCUUCUCUCCGUCUGUUUGCAGCUGAACUGGUCCUGGUGCUGUGCUACCUCCAUGACUUGGGCAUCAUCCACCGGGACGUAAAGAUGGAGAAUAUCCUUCUAGAUGAACGAGGCCAUCUGAAACUGACAGACUUCGGUCUGUCUCGCCGCCUAUCCCAGGGAGCACGAGCCUAUACUAUCUGUGGCACUCUCCAGUACAUGGCCCCAGAGGUCCUGAGUGGUGGGCCUUACAACCACACUGCUGACUGGUGGUCCCUAGGAGUACUGCUUUUCUCUCUGGCAGCUGGUAAGUUCCCAGUGGCUGCAGAAAGAGAUCAUCUGGCCAUGUUGGCAAGUGUGACCCGCUGCGAAUCUGAGAUUCCAGCUUCUGUUAAUCAGGAGCUCUCACUCCUGCUCCAGGAGCUCUUAUGCCAGAACCCUCUGCAACGUCUACGAUAUCUGCAUCAAUUCCAGGUCCACCCCUUCUUUCGAGGUGUGACCUUUGACCCUGAGCUCCUACAGAAGCUGCCAGUGAACUUUGUCGUGGAGAUGCAAGCUACCUGGCCCAGUCCAUUGGAAUCCAUGCCCUUCAGGGACUUUGACUAUGAUCUGGAGUCCUUGGUCCAUUCCAUCUCUGCAGAUUCUGUACUGUAGCUGUGUGCCCAGCUGGAAACUACCACCAUAGUAUGCCCACUAUGAUGGCCUAGUUUUUACUUUGUUGUUCCUUGCUGUUCUCUAUUGUAGGUAUUGGCCAGAGUUUAAAUCUUUGGCAUUUUGCAACUGAUAGCCAAAACUGCCUCUAAUGCUUUCCUAUCAUACAGCUACCUCUUAGUCGCAGGUCAAGGCAGUGAGUGACCUUCUUUACUUCACUUCUCUAGUACUUUCACUUACACUGCCAAACAAAGGCUUCUUGAGCCUUCCUGUAUCCAUGUUUUUCUACCAUACUUCCUUUCUUGGGCAAUAAUGACAGUCUGUGGGCUUCCAAGGUGCUAUUUAUAUGUUUAACAAGCUGGUAGAGGCUGGAUGGUGUUGGCUGUGCAUGUCUCUAAUCCCAGUGCUGGGGAGACAGAGGCAGGCAGAUCUCUGUGAGUUUGAGGUCAGCCUUAUCUACAGAGUGAGUUCCAGGACAGCCAGGGCUACACAAACCCUGCCUCAAAAAAACAAAAACCAAAACAAAAUACCAAGCUAGUCAGAAGCAAUGUGAAUGUUUUUUAAAGGUUGCAAAAACUGUCAUUUCAACAGCUGAAUAAAUAUCCCAGCAUUUGAGAGGCAGGAAGAUCUCUUGUGAGUUCAAGGCCAUCCAAGCUGCAAAGUAAGCCUCACAGCAGCCAAGCCUGCAUAGUGAGACCCUUCCUUCUUUUCUUUCUUUCUUUCUUUUUUCUUUCUUUCUUUUUUUUUUUUUUUUUUUUUUUUGGUUUUUUAAGACAGGGUUUCUAUUUAUAGCCCUGGCUGUCCUGAACUUGCUCUGUAGACCAGGCUGGGCCUCAAACUCAGAGAUCCGCCUGCCUCUGUCUCCCUGUGUGAGUGCUGGGAUUUAAGGCAGUGCCACCACAUCUGGCUGAGACACUGUUUCAAAAAAAAAAAAGGAGUUGGAGAGAUGGCUCAAUGGUUAAAAAUGAUCAUUGCUGACAAAGGGCUUAGAUUGGGAUUUUAGCACCCACAGUGGCACCUCACAAGUGCCUAUACAUCCAGCUCCAGGGAGAUCCCACAGUCUGGCUUCCUCAGAUAUGCAUACCCACAUAUGUAUCCACAUAGAUACAUGUAAAAAUAGUUUAAUUUUAAUGCCAGACGUGAUGACACCUGCCUUUAGUUCCAGCACCACCAGCGAGGCAGGUGGGUCUUUGUGACCUUAGACUGGUCUACAUAGUGAGUUUCAGGCCAGCCAAUGCUACAUACUGAAAUCCUGUCUCAAAGAAAAUGACAGAGCAAAAUGGCCCAGCAGGUAAAGGGACUUGCCAUGAAGCCCGAGGACAUGAGUUUGAUUCCCCAAGACUCACAUGGGGAAGGAGAGAUUGACUCCCACAACAUGUAUGCAGUUUCCCCAACUAAAUAAAGAAAUGUAAUUAAGAAAG